AUGAUGUCGGGAGACAAUUACCUCGAUGCCACUCUCGACUGGAACUUGAACGCCAUCGCAUAUGGCAGUGACACUGACAGCUGGAAGAUGGCGAGCGACAUGACACAAUACACUGCGGCCAUGCCUUCGCCAGACGACCCACGAGGUUUCGGACGCCUCCUCGACAAGGUGACCCAAAGAGACGCGGAGGAAUUACUGCGAUACGCGUCUCAAGAGCCACAAGCCCGCGAGCUAUAUCUCCCCCCUUCCCCUUGCAACCCUUCACCGUCCGAUACCUGCCACCUGUCGAAUAAUCGUCGCUCUUCGUAUUCUCACAUGCCGCCCGCGCCGCUGGAUCCACACCGGUCGACACCUGGUCCCCCUUCGGGACAUACCUCGCGCCCCUCUUACCUAGCCACUCCCCCGCCCAUGUGGACCCCUCCACCAGAUCUACUCCCCAUGCACCCUGAGAUCGUCAACACACGUCAUGCUGAGCCUUGCCUCCAGCCAUCAUUUGAACCAUUGUCCCAACCAUGGGCAUACCUCCAUGUACCACCAGUUGUUGAUACCGAAAGCCACUGGACGCCAUUCGUUUCUACAGGCAUCCAACCGUCCACCCCAUCGUUCGUAGUACCUGCUUUCUCGAAUACCCCCUCCUCUGGCCCCUCAAGUCCGCCGACGUGGUGCGCCCCGGGGCUAUACUCACACCCUUCACUCGCGAUCCCCAUGCAGAUGCCGACCCCCGAUGUCUCCGCUGCCGGUCCAUCUCGCGUUCGGAGACUUCACCAGCGACCACACCCGUACCAUCGAGAUGAUGUCAACUAUGCAUCUCCUGCAUCAUUCCCCGGAUUCAUCGUCGCUGGUGCCCACUCACAGGUCCUGGAACCCCCUGUGGCCGGUCCCUCACGCCCUCACCAACCACGCAAUCGACACCUCUCACCUCCAGCUCCCUCCCUCCCUCCCCAAUCUCCAUAUCCUCCUAAUCCCCACCUACCGUAUCCAUCACCGCCCUUUUCGACUCCCUCCCCGCUUGUUCCGCCUCCCUCCCCAGCACCCGCACUCGCCUUGAACAAGGCACAGAAGAGAAAACGACAGUCAGGAGAGAGCGAAGACCAAGACGAGGUACAGCGCCCACGGAGGAAGAAACGGGGCCCCUCAGUUCCAGAGCAAAGCUCUGCGACGUUCCAGGUCGGUUGUGCCCCUCAUAGGGUCCAACCACCACAACAGUUAAAAUUUGCGAACGACGAGCCGGAGGACGACCUCCAACCUCAUGCCGCCCCCAAACGUGUCAACCGUGGGGUGGCGGGACCAUUGAAGGCGUCAACCAGCUCAAAGCCAAAGCCAAAGCCAAAGCCAAAGCCAAAGCGAGAGCAGUCGAAAGGGAAAGCACAGGCGGCAAAACAGCAUCUUUGCCCUAUAGCAGGAUGCCCAUUCCAUUUCACGAGCAGAUGCGACAUGAAGAGGCAUGUGGGCACCGCCAGCGUGCAUCAAGACUUCCGGGACAGCGACGAGUGGCCCGCGUUCAAGAAGGGGUAUGGACUACGGCGCUGUCACCUUAAUCACUGCUGUGGUAUUUGUGACAUAGAGCGCAAUCUUCCCAUGCGGUGGGAUGCCCUCAUACGACAUAGAAAGACAGAAUCGCACCUCGAUAAGGCGAACAAGGCUGCUGCUGGCGGCCAAGGUGCUCAGCGCUGA